UGAGAUGGGAAGGGCCGACGGCGAGGAAUUUGGGAGGGGUUCUCGAAGGCUCGUUUGUUUCGCGAGGGAAGCAGAAAUUUCCAAAGUAUAGGCUUUGUGUUUCGGGUGUCUUCUCCAAAAUUUUGUCUGAUGUGUGGGGUGUUUCUGCAAAAUGUGCUCGGGGACUACCUGCCUCAGUUUCAGCCUUACAUUCCAGAUUGGACGGUUAAUAUAGCAUAGAGGCACACACACCAUCAUCACAAACUGCCAUUUUUAUAGGAGUAGAGAUUUAGAUCGGGCGUGAAAUAAGGAAGAAAAAGUUUUUAGUGUCAAAUAAGGAAUUAAAUAUUUUGCUUGUGUCAAAUAAGGAAUUGUGUCACGAAACAAACCACACUCCUCUUUCCCAUGCCUUCCUGCUUCAUCUAGGUCUUGGUGCUCCGCCGGGAUAGCCACUCGCCGCUGCAACGCGCUCCUCCUUUCUCCACCAUUGAAGAGGGCAGCAAAUUGGCCCAUCCAAACGACACGCCCCUCCGUCCCCAGAUCCGCCCGAGUGAGGCGGUUGCUGGAAUGGCCAGCCAUCGCCCUGCUCCUCCUUUCUCCACCAUUGAAGAGGGCAACGGAUUGGCCCACCCAAGCGGCACGCCCCUCUGUCCCCAGAUCCGCCCAAGUGAGGCGGUUGCUGGAAUGGCCAGCCAUCGCCCUGCUCCUCGUUUCUCCACCAUUGAAGAGGGCAACGGAUUGGCCCACCCAAACGGCACGUCCUUCCGUCCCCAGAUCCGCCCAAGUGAGGCGGUUGCUGGAAUGGCCAGCCAUCGCCCUGCUCCUCGUUUCUCCACCAUUGAAGAGGGGAACGGAUUGGCCCACCCAAGCGGCACGCCCCUCCGUCCCCAUAUCCGCCCAAGUGAGGCGGUUUCUGGAAUGGCCAGCCAUCGCCCUGCUCCUCCUUUCUCCAUCAUUGAAGAGGGCAACGGAUUGGCCCACCCAAGCGGCACACCCCUCCGUCCCCAUAUCCGCCCAAGUGAGGCGAUUGCUGGAAUGGCCAGCCAUCGCUCUACUCCUCCUUUCUCCACCAUUGAAGAGGGCAACGGAUUGGCCCACCCAAGCGGCACGCCCCUCCGUCCCCAGAUCUGCCCAAGUGAGGCGGUUGCUGGAAUGGCCAGCCAUCGCCCUGCUCCUCCUUUCUUCACCAUUGAAGAGGGCAACGGAUUGGCCCACCCAAGCGGCACGCCCCUCUGUCCCCAGAUCCACCCAAGUGAGGCGGUUGCUGGAAUGGCCAGCCAUCGCCGCAGGGUGCAAUUCCUUACCCAGAUCCAUGCCGUCGAGAAGGGUGACGGACUUGCCCACCCGCAUGGCAUGUGUGUUCAUCCCCAGAUCCAGGCCGGUGAGGAGGUUGGUGCCGUCGGAACGGCCAGCCACCGCUACAACACACACCUCUUUUCUGAGAUCCACCCCAUUGAGGAGGACAACGGAUUGACCCACCCACGCGGCACGCCUCUUCGUCCUCAGAUCCACCCAAGUGAAGAGGUUGGUGGAAUGGCCAGCCACCGCCGCAGCGCAUGCCUCCUUUCCCAGAUCCACACCAUCGAGGAGUGUGACGAACUUGCCCACCCAUGUGGCAUGUGCGUCAGUCCCCAGAUCCAGGCUGGUGAGGAGGAUAUUGGAACAACUCGUCGCAGACGUCAACGCCACCGCGGCACCUCGUCGGAGGCACCCUCCUCCCUGCCGGACAACGAUGAUAUACUCAGGGAGAUCUUUCUCCGCCUCCCCUCAGACCUGUACUCAUAUCCCCGAGCGUCUGCCAUCUGCAAGCGCUGGCGAGGCCUCCUCAUCGACCCCAAGUUCCUCUGCCAGUUCUACGCACACCACCGCAAGCCGCCGCUCCUCGGCAUCUUCGAGAACUGCAGCAAGGAAGGUAUGGUGUUCACCCCCAUUCCGCCCCUAGUUGCCGACUACAUCUCUCCGGAGCGCUUCUCCCUUGGACGUCCCCGACUUACCUAUGUGCUCGACUGCCGCCACGGUCGCGUACUUAUCGAAGACCUGGAGCAGAAAUACCUCAUUGUGUGCGACCCCAUCACAAGUGAGAAGUGUCGCGUGGCUCUUCCAUGCAAGUUCAAGUGGAGCUUUGUCGGAGCGGUGCUCUGCACAGCCGGCUACAAGGGGCCCUCCAGCCCCUUCAAGGUGGUAUUGGUGUCCUGGGAUGGCGUGGAUAAUCAACUCCUCGCCUACGUUUACUCCUCGAUGACUGACACAUGGGGCAAUCUCAUAUCAGUUGAGGCUCCAGAUAAUACUUAUUUUCAUGGUUGUCGUAGCACCCUCGUUGGCAAUGUCCUUUACUGGCCAGUUAUGAAUGGGAGAGGUACAAUACUUGAGUUUGAUUUGGACAGCCAGAACCUUACCAUGAUCAAGGGGCCUCCUGGUAUGAAUGAUACUGGCAACUUUCAGAUCAUCCAGGCAGAGGAUGGCGCCGUUGGUCUUGCCAUGUUGUCCUAUCAUAACCUUCAAAUGUGGCAGAGGAAGGUCAAUUGUCAAGGUGUUUGCAUAUGGUUGUUGCAGAAAACGGUUUCAUUGCACAAGCUUCUUAAGAUCCCUCCUCGGGGCAAUAAAAGGAUCAAAUGGCAGGACAAAUUUCUGGGCUAUGAAGAGGAUAACGAUGUAAUCUUUUUAUAUAGAUACGAAAGUGUCUAUAUGGUUCAACUCAAGUCAAUGCAAUUCAGGAAAUUUAAUGGAACCCGUUCCAGGGAGUAUAGGGAGUGUUGUUAUCCUUUCACGGGUUUCUUCCCACCAGGCACAACCAUUACUAGUGGAUGUAAAGAAGCUGAAAUGUUAGGAUGACUGCCUGGUUCGAUAUUUUAAUGUGCUGAAAUGGUUCAACAGGUGAAGAAAGGGCUGCUGCAGGAGUUAGUUGUCACUUUGUCACAUCACAUCAAUGUGGUCAGCGGUGUUUAUAUGUUAUCUGAAUUUUUUUACCGUGGCUUUUAGUCUAGCUAAGCUCCUAAGAAUAGCCAACCCAGGGAGUUUGAGCUUCCCAAGUCAGAUUUCAAGAUGUUUUUACUGCUGGGUUGUGCUUGGCUGCUCUUCUCUCGAGCCAAAAGAGUUUUGUGUAGUGCUGAGAGUUUUUGAGAUGUCGUUUAAAUGACUGAUGCUGAAGGAACUAGAACCCUGAAACUCAGAUUGUUGAUGUUGGCUGCUGCUACUUGCUAAAAUUGUGGUGGUGUUCUUAGUUUCC